AAGCAGCCUCGAAUCGGGCGCCUGUUUGCCGACUCAUUUGAAAACAACAAUGAAUUUUAAUAGAUUCUAAUUARAUUCAUUAAGCGACGGUGCACUUUACAAACCUGUCAAUGCAAGCCUGAUAUAUUUGAGAGCGAAAGUAACAAAUAUUCCCGGCAAAUAUCUGGAUUGGUUUGCACCUCAGACGAUAUACAAUGAAGAUCUUAGUGUCCUUAUGCUUCUUGUGGAUUUGGAAUGGAAGUCUCGCCGCUAAAGUAGCAAUGAUGCCAUUUGCUGGGAGAAGUCAUUACCUUGUCUCUGCAAAACUUGGMAAGGAGCUCAACAGAAGAGGUCAUGAGGUGAUCAUUUUCGUUGGUGAUGAUGCCAAGUAUGCUUCAGAAAAAGACCCAUUYGUCAAGGUUUUCAAGUCAGGAAUGGAGAAACUGGAGCCCGUGAUAAAAACAGUACUGUCUAAAGGUUCAAUUCGUCCAGAUCUUUUAAUGAAAGUACAGCAAAUGUACUGCGAUGGUCUUCUGAGCGACGAAAAACUAUCAAACGAACUUAAGACUACUCAAAUACUUGUUGGGGACACUAUUUACCCGUGUUCCUCACUAGUUUCUGCAAAGUUUAGCAUUCCACAUGUUACCAUCAUACAAAGCUCUUUGAAAACACCAUAUUUGAGGUUUUACGGUUUAUCGACCUACCCCAGCUAUGUCCCACAAGCCUUUUCGGGAUUAUCCCCAAAUAUGGGUCUGCUGGAUCGAAUAAAGAACUUCGGGUUCUACUUKGCUGGGAAUGUAUUCUUAGAAGUUCUUGCCCGUGUGUACUAUAGUGAAGUGAAGACAAAACACAACAUCAAACCUGAAGAAAGCAUUUGGGAGACCCUGGGAAGAGUAGAUUUAGUUUUGUUGGAAAAAGACCUCGUGUUGGACGAAGCCAUGCCUUUGCCGCCCUAUGUUAAGGCAGUUGGAAGUUUUACGCCUGGUCCUGCUAAACCUCUUCAACCGGAGUUGGAAUCGUUCAUGUCGAGUUCUGGUGACGACGGUGUGAUUCUUGUAACUUUUGGAACGAAUGUAGAUACGUUGGACAAUAGAGUCGUUGCAACAAUGAACGAAGCGUUUUCUAAACUUCCUCAGAAAGUCAUCUGGAAAUUAAACACAGAAAAAUUUGAAGGAAGAAUUGCUUCAAACGUCAAAAYAUUUCGUUGGCUCCCACAGAACGAUAUUCUUGGUCAUCCAAAAACCAAACUGUUCAUAACACAUGCUGGAGCCAGUGGGCUUGCCGAAGCGGUGUACCACGGUGUUCCAAUGAUCUGCUCACCUUUCUUUGGAGAUCAAGUGGAAAAUGCACACAGUCUAGAGUACAUGGGUCUCGGUGAGACUCUARAUGUCAAGACGACUACUGUUGACCAACUUGUUGAGAUGAUAAACAAAGUUCUAACUGAGAAAAGGUAUAAAGAAAAGGCUGAUUAUGUCUCUAGAGUGGUGAAAAUGCGAACAAGGCCUCCACUKGAAGAAGCAGCAGAGCUUAUAGAAUACCUCCAUGCAGUUGGCAACCUUGCUCAUCUCAAACCAAAGGGCCUAAAACUACCUUUCUAUCAGCUAUACAUGCUAGAUGUAUUGUUGGUUCUAGGAAUAGUAUUUGCAUUGGUCUUGUUUAUUGUUAAAGCUGUGUUAAAACGAGUCAUUAACCUUUGCUGUGGCGCUCCAAACAAAGCCAAAACCUCGUAGUAAACUUUAAAAACCCUCACAAGGAAAAAAGAACAAAAUCUCUCAACAAAAUAAUAGAAAAGAAAACUACACCUCGCCUUGUCUAUACUUACGAUAUGUAUCACCUACCCCUCCCCCCCUUGUAAUUUUGCAUAUGCGCGUUGAGAGUGUCUGUGAGAGCACGAGGCGAUAGUCUCCUCUCGCAGCCGCAAGGACGUUCGUUCCAAGUGGGGAGUGACCUGGGAACAAACGUCCUAACGGCUGCGAGAGGAGACUAACGAGGCGAGAGGUCAAACGAAAAGUUGUGUUGUCAAUAAAGUGAGAAGAAAUCCAA